AUGCUGCUUAGCCAUUUAACCAGCCUCCUGUCCCUCUUAGCUGCAGCAUCUGCAGCUGUGAACCAUGAACAUUCGUACAACCGUUUUCAUCGUCGACAAGAUAGAACUACAGCAGGAACCAACGCAAGUGAAGAGUACGACUAUGUGGUCGUUGGUUCCGGUGCCGGCGGAGGACCUGUGGCAGCACGACUAGCCUUGGCUGGCCAUAGCGUGCUGGUGUUGGAAGCUGGCGAAGACAUGGCUGACAGCAUCUACACCAACGUGCCGGCUCUUAGUAUCCUUGCAUCUGAGUAUCCGCCCAUGGCAUGGAACUUCUUCGUCAACCAUUAUCCCGACCUUGAAACUCAGCGUCGGGACAGCAAAAUGACAUGGAGGACCCCUGACGGCGAGAUAUGGGUCCAGCUUCUUAACGGGACCACUCCCCCGGAAGGCUCUGAGCCCCUUGGUAUCUUGUAUCCACGCUCUGGCACUGUGGGCGGGUCCUCUCAACACAACGCUCAGGUUAUGGUAUAUCCCCAUGCUAGCGACUUCCAGUACAUUGUCGAUCGAACUGGCGAUUCGAGCUGGGAUCCCAGCAACAUGCGACAAUACUUUGAGAGACUGGAGAAAGUCGAAUACCUCCCCAACAGCGUCGCUGGCCAUGGUUUUGCCGGCUGGCUCGCCACCAGCUUGACUGAUCUUACUCUCAUUGCUGAAGACUUGAAGGUCGUAUCCUUAAUCUUGUCAGCCGCAACAGCUAUGGGCAACAACAUCAUCACAUCUCUCCUCACUACGGUCACAGGCUUGGCUUCCACUCUUCUCCUUGACUUGAACAACCCAAGCUCAGCUCGAGACAAACUGGAAGCCAUGUACCAGGUGCCAUUGUCCAUCAACGCUGCUGACAAAACCAGGAGCGGUCCGCGAAAUUUCCUGUACGAAGUCGCCAACACUGUCAACGCUGACGGCACUAGGAAAUACAAGCUCGACAUCCAGACCAACUCUCUCGUAACCAACAUCGUCUUCGACACCACCGGCGACAAACCCAAAGCCGUCGGCGUCGACUACCUCUCCGGUAGGAGCCUCUACCGCGCUGACCCGCGCGCCGCUCCAUCCGGCAACGCCGGCACCCCUGGCACUGUCUCCGUCAACCGUGAAGUCAUCAUCUCCGGCGGGACCUUCAACACACCACAGAUCCUCAAACUCUCCGGCGUAGGCCCCGCCUCCGAACUCUCGCAAUUCUCCAUCCCCGUUGUUGUCGAUCUCCCCGGCGUCGGCACCAAUAUGCAAGACCACUUCGAAAUCACCGUCGUCGGCCAGACAGACUCCGACUUCGCCCUCAUCGAUGACUGCACCUUCCAACUCUCCCAACCGGACCCCUGUCUCGACCGCUACAACAACCCAGUAACCCCUGCCACCGGUGAACCCGACCUCUUCGUAACCGGCGUUCCCAUCAACUUCGUCGGCUACUUCCCCGGCUACUCGACCUACGCGGUGCAAGAGAGGAACUACUGGUCCUGGCUGAUCCUGAAGGCGCACCCGGCCAACCGCGCCGGAACCGUCAAGCUGCGUUCCACCGACCCGCGCGACACCCCCGUCAUCGACUUCAACUACUUCCAGACCGGCACCACCAGCGAUGGCGCCGACGAGAAGGACCUGCAAGCGCUCUACGACGGUGUCAAUUUCAGUCGUCGCGCCUUCGACAAGCUCAUCCCACUCGACGGCAGUUUCGAUGAGGUGCAGCCGGGCCGUGGUGUCGAGGACGAGGACGCGGUGAAGCAGUACAUCAAGGACGGCGCGUGGGGCCACCACGCCAGUUGCUCGUGUCCGAUCGGUGGCGAUGACGACCCCAUGGCUGUGCUCGACUCCAAGUUCCGAGUGCGGGGCGUGGAUGGGCUGAGAGUGGUGGACGCCAGUGUGUUCCCCACCAUUCCCGGCUACUUCGUCGCGCUCCCGAUCCAUAUGAUCGCGGAGAAGGCAGCGGAGGAUAUUUUGGCGGCGGCGGAAGCAGCGGACAGGGAUACUACCUGA